AUGGUAGAAGAUGAGUCAGGAAAAGAUGAAGAGGUAGUGGAAACUAGUGGUGAAUUGGUGGACAAAGUUGUGAAAGAACAAGAGUCUAUUGCUACAAGGUCUCUUGUGCAAAAGAAAAAAGAUUCGGGCGGUUUCACUGUUCCACGUACCAUCUUUUUGAUACAUUUUGCUAAAGCACUAUGUGAUCUCGAUGCAAGCAUAAACCUCAUGCCUCUCUCUAUUUGUAAGAAAUUAGGUUUUAAUGACCUAAAGCCCACUAUAAUGCGGUUACUGAUGACCGAUCCAACAGUGAAGAGGCCUAUUGCGAUACUCCAUGAUGUUCUCGUGAAGGUGGAGUUGUUUAUAUUUCUAGCCGAUUUUAUCAUUCUUGACUGUGAGGUUGAUUUUGAGGUGCCUAUUAUUCUUAGGAGGCCGUUCCUUUAUACUGGUCGUGCCUUCGUUGAUAUGGUAAAAGCACAGAUGAAGAUUAGGUUCAAUAAUGGAGAAGCAAAUUUUCCAGAUUUGUAG